CUUUCUUCUCAAGCGGCGGUCCGGCCUUUUCCUGUAAGUCCUGCUCUGUGUGUCUCUUUCUUUUCCCUCCCUCUUUGGUCUCCUCUUGCGCGCUACUUUGGGCCCCGCUACGUCGGGAUGAGCCCCGCUGCUUCUCCAUGGAGACCAAGAAGGCCGAGAUUCCCAGCAGCGUCCUGGACGACCUGUGCAGCCGCUUUAUUUUGCACAUUCCCAGUGAGGAACGAGACAAUGCUAUCAGAGUAUGUUUUCAGGUUGAGCUUGCCCAUUGGUUUUAUUUGGAUUUCUACAUGCAAAACACACCAGGAUUACCUCAGUGUGGGAUAAGAGAUUUCGCAAAAGCUGUUUUCAAUCAUUGCCCUUUUUUACUGCCUCAAGGUGAAGAUGUGCAGAAAGUUUUAGAUGAAUGGAAAGAGUAUAAAAUGGGAGUGCCAACAUAUGGUGCGAUUAUUCUUGAUGAGACUCUUGAAAAUGUGCUCCUGGUUCAGGGUUACUUAGCAAAGUCUGGCUGGGGAUUUCCAAAAGGAAAAGUGAAUAAAGAGGAGGCGCCACAUGACUGUGCUGCUAGAGAGGUGUUUGAAGAAACUGGUUUUGAUAUAAAAGACUAUAUCAAUAAAGAUGAUUAUAUUGAACUAAGAAUCAAUGAUCAGGUGGCACGUUUGUACAUCAUUCCAGGUAUUCCAAAGGACACAAAAUUUAAUCCUAAAACAAGAAGAGAAAUUCGGAACAUUGAAUGGUUCUCGGUUGACAAACUGCCUUGCCAUAGGAAUGAUAUGACCCCAAAGUCCAAGCUAGGUUUGGCACCUAACAAGUUUUUUAUGGCUAUUCCCUUCAUCAGACCAUUAAGAGAUUGGCUUGCUCGACGGUAUGGAGAUUCCUCCGAUAGUGACAAUGGAUUCUCAUCCACUGGUAGCACACCACCUAAACCAAGCACAGAAAAAAUGAGAUCAAAGCUUCAUUUUAGCCAGCAAGUGCCGGCAGAUGGUCCUUCAGGAGAUCAGUGGACAAAGCACAGACAGCUACAGCAACAAAAGCCAUACAACAAUCAUUUUGAGAUGUCUGAAACUUUAAAACUAAAGAGCAUACGAGGCAAUGGCAGAAAGCAAUACCAAGACACUCCUAACCAAAAGAAGAGAGCAAAUGGUGUCCAUAGUCAGCCAGUUAAACAGAAUCAAACUUUGAAAUGUGAAAAGAAGUUGCAUCCAAGAAAGCUUCAAGAUAACUUUGAAACAGAAGCUACAUAUGAUGUUUGUUGUGCCAGUGAAGACCACCAACUCCUAGAACACGGACAAUCGGUGUCAUGCAAUGGCCAUUGCAAGUUCACUUUCUCCUCACGAGCUUUUCUGGGCUUCAGGUUUGACCACGAUGCUAUCAUGAAGAGUUUUGACCUCUGACAGACGAACAAGUAUCAGAACAGGAAACUGCCUGGGUGCAGUUGAGUGGGUUUCCUAAAUCCAGCCUUGAUCCUUUCUCAGGUUUUUAAGCAAUGCAGGGACCUAGUGAUGGGCUGUGAGGCUUUGUUGUCAUUGCAGUAUGGAAGAGGUAUCAUACAGUGUUGCACUUUAAAUGCAGUAUAGCUUUUACCUACAGAAAUUCUUUCCAGUGGUUGAUGUGCUAGUUCUCAACUAUGCAUUACAGGGCAUUUUUAAAAAUUUGUUUAAAUUGCUGUGUGUUUUUAGAGUUAAGGAGUAUUUUAGCAUUAGUACUAAUUUAGGCAUUUAAAUUGCUCUGAUGCACAGUUGCUUGUGAGUUUCCCAGAUUUCACAACAAGAUGGCAACCCAAACAAAACUUAUGUGGACACCAGGGUUAUCUGGAUUUAUGUAGCCCUUUAUGACUCUUGCAGGCUAAAGGCAAACUUCUGUUUUGUUCUUCAGAAUCAUUAUUCUGGCUAGAUGGUAGCUAGAUUCUCCUUUUAUUUGUUGCACUGUACUGGAACUCUUUGUAUAGGCAUAUCAUUUUACAUUGUGUUAAUAUCAAGAAAUGCUGGAUUCUGGUCUUAACCAGCUUUUGAGUUUCGUUGUGCUUUGGCAGUGGUGUUAGCCAUGGCCAGUUUGCUUUUCAUGUGCUAGUAUUAUUGUUUCUCUCUUUUGAAAUGUCUAUUCAAAAUACCUUCUACUAGAAAAAAAUUGCAUCUAUGAAGAUUUAACAAAAAAAAAGGAGGAUUUUGGGAAACAACUUAACUGUAUAGAAUGUAAACUAGCCUUUUAAGGUUCUGCAGUGGACAAAUUCAACUUAUGGCCAAGACAAGCCAUGCCAAUUCAACACUUAAUCUGGUUUGUAAUUGUGCCACAGUUCUCUUGCAGCAAUGUAUCCAGUAGUAUUUUGACUGACAUACAAUGAGCUUAUUAUUUAAGAAGUAGAUGCAGAUACAUGAGGAUUCAACAGUUCAAAUAUGUAUAUCAAAAUGUGAAAAGGGGUAGUUAAAGAGAACAGACUGGAAGAUAACUGUAGUAGAAAUGAUUACCCUGCAAUUGUGCUGAAUGAACGUUUGAAUAUGUGAAUGUAACUUUCCUGCAGAACUGCUGAUAGAUGUCUGUUCCUCCCCCCCCCCCCUCCAUUACUUUUGCAGUUUGUGUCAGUAUUUCGGAUUUUGGUCAAGAUGAGGUAAAUAUUUAAGCUGGAAAGUUUGGUGAAUCUGUACUAAAGUACGAGAAAGCUUACAUAUGAAAUGUUGCUUUUCUCUCUCUUUAAUGAAAGAGGCUUAGGUUAGUUCCCAUGUGAACUCAGUUUUCUUUCCAAGUUACUUUUAAAAAAAUAUUGAGUAUGCCUGCCCUCUGCAAGCAAGAAUUAGUUCAGAUCAGUAAAUACAUUGGAUUUGUUGAUCUCUUUAAGAGUAAAAUAGCUGAAAGGCUGGUGAUGUGUAACAGUACCACUUUUUAUAUGAUCAUCUUCAUUUAAAGGGGGGGGGGGGAGGAUGCUCAGUAUUGCAGUUUGACUUUCCUAGCAAUAAAGUGCCUAAUUUUCCAGUUUCUCCACCAUUGCAAAUUGGAUUUUCAGGCUGCUUGUGCCAAACAUCAUCUUACUUGUCACUUGGCUUCCCAGGAAUGUUACUGCUGUUUCCUUUCCAUAUUACAACUGAAUGAGAAACAGGAACACUGGUGCAGUUGUGUGAUUCUUACAUUUGAAAUGGAUUCCUUCGUUGCACAAAAUUUUAAAUGGCUGUGUUGGCAACAUGAAAUGGAAUGAAACAAUAGCAAGAUCUGCCCUCCAAGUACUCCUGUUUUGCAAAGAAUAUCUUCCUUAGAAGAGCCAGUGUUUGAGUUCAUUAAGAAUUCCUAAAUGCUACAAAAACUGGAUUUAAUAAUCGAGCCUUAAAAUGGGUUGAAAAGUAUGUAAUAAAUAUGCAAUAUUUUUCCAGUUUAAAAGGUACCAUAUUUCAAAGCUGUAUGUAUUUGAUUGCUAUCAUGUCUUAAAGUAGUUGGAUAUGAACUUCUUUAUGGGUUCCUUUGGUGCCCUGCACUGUGAACAUUUCAGGUUGUUUGUUGGUUUGUGCAUUUUUUGCUUGUAAAGUGUUUAAAAUGAGUCAUUUUAUACUUAUGUAUUCUGAAGUGCAGGUAUAUGGUUUACAUGGAUUUCUGUAAAACAAUGAAGAAAUGGCAAUUUGGUGAUUGUAAUAAAUUUUUGUUUUGUCUGAUGUGGGCAUUUUAAAAGAUGGAAAUAAACAAUCUGUGAAUUAA